AGGAGGAGGAGGAGAAGGCCUCCGUCCUUGGCGGCUGAAGGGAGGCUCCGUCCGGCCUCGCGUAGUAGUCCCCGCCCCGCGGCCUCCGCGCUUCUCCGGGCCUCCCUCCUCCUCCUCCCUCCUUCCCUCCUCGGGGGCCGCCUGCUGCUGCUGCUGCUGCUUCUGCCAUUGGGAGCCCAGCCGAGGCACUCGCUGUCGGUCGCCUUCAACCGCCGCCGCCGCCGCCGCCAUGAGCUUCUUGUUUGGUAGCCGUUCUUCUAAAACUUUUAAACCAAAGAAGAAUAUUCCUGAAGGCUCCCACCAAUAUGAACUACUGAAGCAUGCAGAAGCUACUCUUGGAAGUGGCAACCUGAGGAUGGCUGUUAUGUUGCCUGAGGGUGAAGACUUAAAUGAAUGGGUUGCAGUGAACACUGUGGAUUUCUUCAACCAGAUCAAUAUGCUUUAUGGGACAAUUACAGAUUUCUGCACAGAGGAGAGUUGCCCAGUGAUGUCUGCAGGUCCAAAAUAUGAGUACCACUGGGCAGAUGGGACAAACAUAAAGAAGCCAAUCAAGUGCUCAGCACCAAAGUACAUUGAUUACCUUAUGACCUGGGUUCAGGACCAGCUGGACGAUGAGACACUAUUUCCAUCCAAAAUAGGUGUUCCUUUCCCAAAGAACUUCAUGUCAGUAGCUAAAACCAUCCUAAAGCGUCUCUUCAGAGUGUAUGCUCACAUCUACCACCAGCAUUUUGAUCCAGUCAUCCAACUUCAAGAAGAAGCACAUCUGAACACAUCCUUCAAGCACUUUAUCUUUUUUGUUCAGGAAUUUAACCUUAUAGACAGAAGAGAACUUGCUCCACUGCAAGAACUGAUUGAAAAACUCACUUCGAAGGACAGAUAAGCAGAAAUGUAUUUGUGCAAAUCACUUGUUUCUUUAAGCAGGCAUGUGGUGUUUUAGGGAUUUGGGCUGUAAUUCUCUACACACUAAUUGAGAUCCAUGGGACUUACUUUUAAGUAAGUGUAUAGAGAUUUGCAGCCUUUAAUUUUUUUGUUUUUAGGAAAAAAAGAAACUUGUUCUGUUUUUAUUUGGGCAACCUAGAUUCAUUCUCUGUGCUUUUAUUAGAGGAACUCCUUUCUCUUUUAGUGAGACACACACAGUAAAUGGCUUUCUGUUAUUGUUCAUUGUGUACUUUUUAAGAAAGAGGUGUGUUGAAAAAGAAAAAAAAACAUGCUUGUUGGGAAAAUGUGACUGCUGGCUGUAUGGGUUCUGCAUUGCCAGUUGGAGCCCAUUCUCAGAAGGUCCUUAUAGAGACAACCUUCUCUAAGUGCCUUGGCAGACUCUCUUCUGAGGUACAAAGCACAUACAAAGAACAUUGCUGGAAACAAAAUACACAAAUUGCUACCCAGGACACUUACUAACACUUGUUAUAUAUAAAUAAAUAUGUGUAGAACUUUUUAAAUAAGCCAUAAAAUUUCUAUCAGUGAUCUCCAGCUUUUAAUAUAAAGCAAUGCCUUUAGAGAUGAAUGUGGGCUGUAGAAGGAGGAGUGAGAGAGGGGCUCAUUUUAAUUUUUUACUGUCCUGUUCAGAAACCCAUAUGUUAAUUCUUAGAUCGUUGGUGGACCAAGGAUAGCAUGGGGUUGAUAACUUCCUUCUUUUUGCUUGCAUUUUUUCUGCAAACAUUACCUUCUGAUUUAGAUCAGUCAGUAAGAUAGUUUUGGUGGUUCAUACAGAUGAAACUAUACUAUAAGCUUUCUUUCCCAAUAAAUUAGCAGUUUUGCAAGGGAUCAGAUUAAAGCAAAAGUGAACAGUGGUGCUAUCAAAGAAUCUUUUUAAAAAAACAAAGAACAUUUCAGAUAAAUCCAUGAUAGUAAUUUUAGUGUUGGAAUAGGAAGCCCAGUUCAUUGAGAAAUACCCGUUUCUUAGCUAUUAUUUUUUAUAAAAUGAAUAGAAAGUGUCUCAAUCGCUUUGUCAUAUAGAACACUUGACAUUUUAUUCAUCCUAAACAUCCUUUUGUAUUAUGAGUUGUGCCAAGAAAGAAUAACUAAAUGCAUCCAUUUUCUUAAUUGGUACAGGACAUAGUUGGGUUUUUUGUUUUGGAGGCUGAUUUACAUGUCUCAGUUUAAUUUUAGUCACCUUAAUUUUGAAGCAGUUGGGUCUUUCCCCCUUCUAUUUCCCCAUCCUUUCCAAUGAGGAAAAGGGCCAUUAUUCUAUAGUGAGGCAUGUAGAUGACCGUUGUCAAGAGCCAGUGUCUGAUAAUGUUUAUGGUAGAACUUGGAGAAAUUUCUUUCCUUGGCAUCUGAAACUUGACACUUCUCUGAGGGUACAGUGUUAAUUCAAAAAUGCCAUGAUUGUUUGAUAAAACCAGUGAUAAUGUCACCUCUUCCAUCGCAGCUUUUACAGGGUGGUUGAAAGACCUGGUUUGUGUAACUUUUAAGUGGGCCUCCAUCCUUGGAUUAAUCUGAAUUGGAGCCCUCAUCAAACAUUACUAUCCUGAUGGCAACACAUCACAGACAUAUGGUCUCUAACUAUUAACCCACAGUGUUUAAAAUGCAUACAUGUCCUUUAUAAAUUCUCAUGUAUACAACUGCUUCUCAUUGUGUGUUUUAGUGUCCACAAGAAUACAUACAUGUUGUGUGUGCUUUAAGCUUUACAGUGUUAACAAUAUGUUCUUGGGAUUGAGAAGUGAUCUUGAUUUCCUUGUAACAUAGGCAUAAAAAAAGCAAGAAUAGCCACGAUCACUUUUAUCUAGCCCAACAUCAUUCAUGCUUUUGAUUUUGAAAAUUUAUUUUUUUUACUGAUUUUCCAUGUUCUGUUUUUGGCCAUGCUUGAUUUUGGAAGUCAUACUGAUUGAAAGUUCAAGUAAGUAUGACAGUCUUAUUUUCAAAAGAAGUUUGGAAGUACAGACACUUUACAAAAUGUAUCCCACCCACAUAGUCAUUUUAAUACUGUAUUUCAAAAAAAAUUGUUUUAGCAGAGGGUGGGAUUUUGCCACAUCUUCGAUUGAAAUAUUAUAGGAUCUGGUACUUUGUAGUAAUUUUGAAUAGUGUUUAUUUUAAGGUCUUAUUUAAUACUUUGGCCAUGAUACUUGCAUUGCAUAGUCUUAGGACUUGAAAUAACAUUAUUUUAGGGACGAUGGUAAAUAUUAAUAAGGCUCUGAACAGAGUGUGUCAAGUUUCAAAUGCUUGCUGGCAAGAAAUAAUGCAAAUUUUGAUUUGCAUUUAUUGUUGACUUCCCCACUGGAAACUAAAAGCCUGGAUAUCACUGUCUCGCAGUGCUGUUGGUUAACCUUUGCUGAGUGCAUUAAAUAUGAAGACAAAAACAUUUAAGAUACAAAGGCAGUGUUUAAACUGAGUGUUGCUUUUUUUGUAUUGCAUUGGGGAUGUAGAGUGCUUAUUUUUGGUCUUCAGAAGAUUGUUUAUUGUGUAAGGAUGCAUUAAAAUGCAAAUCUAUAAAUGUCUCCUUGAUUUUUCAGCUGACCAAGCCUCUUGAAAACCAAACACUGUGGUAUCAUUAAAAACAAAAUCAUAAUCUGGAUCUGGAUUUUGAUUUUGAUUUUAAAGGGAUAUUCUGUCAGAUACUGGAUAUCUAUUGGGUAUUAAAGAAUGGAUAUUGAAUACUAGGAACUGACUUCUUUGUCAUAUCUAGCCAUUUAUUAAUUGUCCUUCUUCUGUGAAGGAAGAGCCUUAGAGCUUCAAGAGGCUGAAACAGUUUUACUCUUACUUCAGUUAUUGCUGUAUUGCUUUUUUUCUUGGUGAUAUAAUUAAUAAUUUCUAGAGGUGUACUCUACCUCAGUUAAAUGAGACUGAGGGUGCAUUUGCACUAUAGAAAUAAUGCAGUUUACUCUACUUUAAGUGGUAGAGUUGGCAAUAGAAUCCUGGGAUUUGUAAUUUUACAAGGUCUUUAACCUUUUCUGCCAAAGGCUGCUGGUGCCUCACAAAACUACAAAUCCCAGGAUUCUGUAGGAUGGAGCCAAGGUAGUUAAAUUGUUGCCACACUUGCAACAUAGAUGCAUCCUGAGCAAAAGUGGUGGUUUAAAUAGUAGCUGCAAGUCCAUUAAAACCAUUUGUGUUGUGCUUUCUGAAGUCAGUGAUAGAUUUGAUCCCAACAAUUCACAUUGUUAUGACUGAAAUUUAAAAUACUAUACUAGUAUGUUUACUUUACAUAUUCACAUCAGGGAUCAAUGCUAACUGUUCAAGUAUUAAAUGUCCCAUAUUCUGUUAUUACUGGUUGCAGGGCUUUGGAGAAACAACUUUCCAAAAAGACAAAGAGCCCUUUUCCUUGUACAUGUGAUUUUUUUCUGUUACUGCUUACUAUGCAACACUGAAUAUUACAAGUUACCUUAACAUAGAAAAACAGAGUCUGUUAAUAUUUUAGAACUAGAAUUUCCUUUUCAAUCUUCCUUCUGAGGCAAAAAGCCAGUUUGCUGCUAUUGACUCUUCUUGGGGUUUUUUAAAUUAACCUUUCCCUUGCUUUUCCUUGAACCCAUGCCUUGGAUUACCAUACAAAAUUAUAAUUUUUUUUAAAAUUAGCUUUUGUGGUUUGGCAGAUACCUUAAAUCAGCCAAAUAUAUUAUUUUCCCCCAGGAUGCUGUAUUGUAGAUUAAAAACUAGCUCUGCUAUGGUUUAACAUUAAGGUGGACCUGCCAAUUUCCCAACUGCCACAAUGUCAUAUUACCUAAAACACUGGGAGGGGGUGGGAUUACUUAGCAUUUCUUUUCCUUGGUAACAACUAUUUGGGUUUUCUAGACUGCAUUUCUAGAAGCACUAGCCAAUUUAGAGUGAGAUAUUUACAUUUAUAUAAAAGAUUAGUUGGCAUCUUGUUUCUGUCACUUUGUAUGCACCAUUUCCUUGUUUGAAAUAUAGUUCCCUCCUAAAACUGCAAUUUCAAAUUUUAAAAUGCUUUGGUUUGCUUCCCGCCCGCCUCCCUCCAAGAGCACUGUCCUUACAAUAGUUUUUCAUGGAUUACUGUAUUUUUAGGGGAAAUUAAUUUUUAUAGCCACUAAACUGUAUUCAUUAUUUUUCUACGUGUAUAACUAGGUCAUUUGGGAACACAAAACUUUAGAAGGGCCAUUUUGUUCCAUUUUUAAUACAUUUAUUUGCAGAUAGUGUGUUGCUAAAUAUUGCCAUAAUAACCAAUACCUUUGACAUGUGGUGGCGUGGGAGAAAAGACUUGAAGAUAAUUACUCACUGAUAAUCCUGGUACAUACAUACUAUAAACAGAUCCAUCUAAUUGACAGGGUCUUAAGAGUCAGAAUGGUGGAAGAGAGACUUAAAAAUAUUGAAGGACCACUUGCUUUUUCUGCUCUAGACCAGGGCAACACAGAGGAACGGGAUGGCUUCUUGAUGUAGGCUGAAGAGUCUGUUAUGGCUGCAGCUUCUGAAUGAAGCAAGUUUUAUACAUAUACAUUCAGCAGAACUGAGUAGUCAAGAUCUUACACUUCAGGGUGGCUAUGGUGAGAAGGGUUGUAUCUUCAUGUGCAAGUAUAGCAGAACGUAUUGUAAGAUUUGAAUCACUCAUCUUGACAAGCUUUCCAUGUAAUCUGUGGUGGGAAUAUUCAAGCAUGCAAGAAUUCUGUAUUUUGAAGUAGUACAGGCCAGGAAAAGUUACUGUUCGAUUCUGCUGACUAAAUUAAUUGGACACCCUGGUAUUUGUCUUAUGCAAUGUCUGGAGGUUGCCUUCAUGUAUGAACUCACCCAGUGACCCCACCAUAAACCUGGUCCUGGGGCUGCUUAUCUAAGGCAAAAAGGUAUUGAGAUGCAACACAAUCACAUCUGCAUCUUUAAGUACUUCAAAGCAGCUGGACAAAAAGGCUUAAAAUACAAAAUGCAAACAGAGACCUGUACUGUAAAGCAGACUGUGCCAAUAUUACUUUGAUUUGUAGUCAUUAUUGAUCAUUACUUGUUUUAAAUGAAAACAGCUUUUUGAUUAAAAAAAAGUUGAAUGUCUGAAAUUUCUGCAACACAUGUAUUCGAAAGAUGUAAAUAAUGUAUACAGAUUGUUGUAAGUGAUGGGAUGAAAUAAAUAUAUAAAUUCUAGACUUUUUCAGUAAGGAACUGAAUGCUGUUUAUAAGAAGAAAAAUAAAUAGCUAUGUUUGACCAUGA